GGGCGAGUGAGUGCGGAGUUUAGUCAUCACCAUCAAUCAUUUGAAAUCAUCAAACGCCGGAAAUUUUAACAAAAAGUUAGUCCGAUUAAAACAUCUGUGAUUUUUACCUUUGAAUCCAGUGAUCCGGCGAUAUCAUAAUGUGCGACACAUCCGUGGUUAGUGGCUCGGAUAUUGUGAAGAUCAACAUCUCCAAUUCGCAUAACGAUGCGGUCUCGUUCGAGCGGAAGUACAGCAAAUCGCUUAAAAUUUCCGAAUUUAAGGCAAAGUUGGAGCCCAUUACGGGUGGAUUGGCGGCGACAAUGAAACUGGAACUGUACAGCGGAGAUAGACUCGUGACUCGACUGGACGAUGACGACCGGAUGUUGGGAUUCUACGCGGUGGAGGACGGCAUGAGGGUGCAUGUGAUAGACAACUUUGUCUUCGUUCAGGAAAAUGUCCAGAAGUUUGAACUCAGCCAGGAGGAGUACGACAAGAAACAGGACAGCCUGAGGAAUUAUUUGAAACGUAACAGGUUGGGCAAAUACAACGAGGAGGAGAUGGCCAAGUUGGAGGAGGAGCGAAAAAAACAAGAAGAUGAGGAUGCUGCCAAAUUGGAACAGGCCACGAUCGGUGCGCGCUGUAAGGUGACGACCAAGGGACAUCCCACUCGAUUGGGAACGGUCAUGUACAAGGGAGAGAUAGAUGGCAGACCGGGUAUGUUUAUUGGGGUGAAAUUCGACGAACCUUUGGGCGUCAAUAACGGUACGGCUAAUGGAAAACAGUACUUCGAUUGCCCUCCCAAAUACGGUAGCUUUGUAGCAGUUAAAGCAGUUGAAAUCGGAGAUUUCCCACCGGAGAAGGAUGAGCUGGAUGAUGAACUGUAAACAAUCUUAGCAUUCCAAGUAUUCCAAAAUCAAAAAUCGCUAAUCUCUUCAUUUUUUUUUUUUUGCCAAAUGUUUCACCAGUCAAUAAGAUACUCACAAUGCUGCACAUCCCUUCGCUUUAGUUCGAAAUAAUUAGCUUAAGAACUCUUCAGA